GCACGUUGCAACAAUGAAAACCGUAGGAACCUGUUGUUUGCGUAAUGAUCGCAAUUCGUGAAUUUCGAAAACGUGUUACGGUAGUUUGUCGAAAACGGUGCCAACUGGCCGUUUUUGAGUGAAAGUCGUGAAUGGAACUCGUGGAUUUUUUCUAUUCUAAUCGGAGAUAAUGAACACAAGUAUGAAUUUGUAGGUGUUGUCGACGAGUAAUUGAAAUUUGUGCGAGUCAAAAUGAUCGGCGAAGAUAAUGAGGCUACCGUUCAAGUAAGCGAAGUUAGUGUCACUGAAAAAGAAGAUACAAACGAUAAAAAGCGUUUCGUAUUGAACAAAACGCUAAGAAAUGGUCUAAUAUUAUCGGUAAUUACCGCAUAUUUUGCGUGGGCAACGUACCAUUACGUGGAUAAAUAUGGAGGCUCGUGGAUAAAUUUCAAUGCUACAACGUGCAAUGGUUAUGGAUUUUUAGUUAUAUUGUAUGGUUUUAUAUUGUUCGGUUUUAUAAAAGUAUACGUUUUAAACCCAUUAGUAUUUCCAAUUUUAACGAAAAGCUUUGAGGAUUUUAAAUGGAAAUUUAACCAAUCGGCUGAUAAAAAACCUUUACUCAAAGGUAUAAUAAGGCAUCGCAACAAAAUAAUUUAUGGAGUUUUCUUCACGGCCGUAGCGAUAUACUUAAUUAUAGACACGAGCGACAACAGGAAUCGAUUGAUUCCUCUUUCAGGCCUUUUUGUAUUCUUAAUAAUCGGAUUCAUCUUCUCUAAUAGUAAAUCUAACAUAUGCUGGGACACGGUAAUUUGGGGUAUCAUUUUGCAAUUCCUGUUCGGUUUAUUGACCAUAAGAUGGGACGUUGGAAGGAACAUAUUAGAUUGCGUUGGAAACAAAGUGAACACUCUUCUCGAUUACGGAUUUACCGCAUCGGAAUUUCCUUACGGAGAAGAAUUAGUACAAAAAGAAAAAGUGUUUGCGUUUAGGAGUUUAUCAACCGUAUUUUUCAUCAAUUUCUUGGCGAAUAUUCUCUACUAUUAUGGAAUAAUGCAAAAAGUGGUCACUUCUGUGGGGAGCUUCAUGCAGUGGGUAAUGGGAACUUCGAUUUGCGAAAGCGUCAGCAGCGCAGCGACUAUUUUCUUCGGAAUGUCCGAGGGUCCCAUUCUGCUAGCCCCUUACUUGGAACACCUCACCAACUCCGAGAUCCACUCCGUCAUGACAUCGGGAUUCGCCAUGGUGUCAGGCUCAGUAAUGGCCGGUUAUAUUUCGUACGGAGCGAGAGCUCAGGAUUUGAUAACAGCCAGUAUCAUGUCCGCUCCUGCAGCACUUUGUUACAGCAAAUUAAUGCACCCCGAAACCGAGAAAGUCGUGUUGCAGAAGGAAAAUAUCGAAACUGUCGAGAUUGAGUUCGAGUCUGCAUUGGACGCGGCCAGCAAAGGCGCCACCAACGCCAUCGGAAUGGUGCAAGGGAUCAUCGCAGGACUAAUAGCCUUCCUGGCCGCGGUGUACAUGAUCAACGAUAUCCUGGGCUGGAUAGGAAUGCUGAUCGGCUAUUCGGAUCCCAUGUGGACCUUGGAAUUGAUAACCGGUAAAAUAUUCAUCCCCAUCAGCUUCAUCAUGGGCGUGCCUUGGGACGAGUGCGAGUCCGUCGCCACCCUCAUCGGCAUCAAAACUAUGGUGAACGAAUUCGUGGCGUUCAAGAAGAUGGGAGAGAUGCUCGAACAAGGACUCUUAGGCGCGAGGACGAAGGUAAUAGCCACUUACGCCAUUUGCGGCUUCUCAAAUCCCGGCUCAAUAGGAAUCAUGAUGUCUUUGCUGGCCGCUUUGAUCCCCAGCAAAAGGGACGUUGUUGCCAAAUUGGUGUUCAGUUCUUGGUUCGCGGGGGCCUUGGUGUGCUUCAUGACUGCCUGCAUAGCCGGAACUUUAAUGCCGGAUGAUAUACUUUGAAUUAUCUAUCAGUAUUAAUUGUUUUAAAUUGAAUAUACUAUUUACUCUACAGAG